CAUGGACUUCAGCAACAAACGUUAUUAAACAAACGGGAGUUCACCUAGUGGGAAGUAAACAACUGUAGUCAUCAGAGCAGAUUUCUCGCCGUGGGAAAAGCAGCGCAAGGUAUUAUUAAGAGGGUGGUGAGAGAAGUACAUCGUGAACUUUUGCAAAAUAAAUUUUUUGAGAAAUGAAGCAAAAUUGCAACGUGCCUGCGUUUUUGAACAAGUUAUGGACCUUGGUGGAAGAUCCAGGAACAGAUGAGUUAAUCUCCUGGAGUCGAAAUGGCACCUGUUUUCGGGUGUCCAAUGAGAGGCGUUUUGCUAAGGAAAUUCUCCCCAUGUACUUCAAACACAACAAUAUGGCAAGCUUUGUCAGGCAACUCAACAUGUAUGGCUUUCAUAAGGUGGUUCACAUAGGUGUAGGCCUGCCCCGAGAUUUGGAUGAUAUAAUUGAAUUUCAACACCCACGCUUCAGACAAGGAGAGCCUCAGUUACUGGACCACAUCAAAAGGAAGGUUUCUGUGAGCCGAGUGGAUGACCUUAAACUGAGACAGCAAGAAGUGUUGAAACUCUUGUCGGAUAUUCGUCAGAUGAAGGGAAAACAUGACUUAGCUGACAACACGAUCCUGACUAUUAAAAGAGAAAAUGAGGCACUGUGGAAGGAGAUAUCAUCCCUGAAACAGAAGCAGCUACAGCAACACAAAGUUAUUCGGAAGAUCCUCCACUUCAUUGCCACAAUGGUUCAGUCAAACAGUGUGGCUGGAAUCAAGAGAAAAAUGCCUCUGAUGAUUGGUACUUCUGGUAUGCCUCAUUCCUACUCCAAGUAUAGUCGGCCCAUCACAAUGGACAGCAGUCAGGAUGGCACAGCUGUACAUGGUAUUCCGAAAUGUGAAACCUGUGAGAAAAGCAGUGUUUAUCCAGGCGGCAUUAUCAUCUCUGAAAUCACCCACCUGAUUGGGAGUCCAGAUCAGUCUGGCGACGAGCACAGCUUUGUGACUGGAAAACUGAGUACUGCAGAAACACUGUUUAGUACAGAUACAGAUAACCUAGUUGCCACUUCGAGCACAGCAUCUUCACCGUUCGCAUCACACAAUCUGUAUGACGAUCUCCUGGAUGAAAACUGUCAAAUGGCUGCAGAAGAAACUUCUGACCAGAGUGAAAUAAUUGACCAUUUGGAUAUGAUUGACAACAGCUUGGCUCAAAUACAUUCCUCAUUUAGCAACACCCGAUUAAACACUAAUUUGGAUUUACUCAAAGAUCUCUUCAACCCAUCAACUGGAGGAUUAGUAACAUCAUAUCCUGAAGUAGGACUGGACACCAGCAAGAAGGCAAAUGGACAAAAAUGCAGAAUUCCACAAGAGGAACAAGAUCUCACAGGAUUACAGACUGAACAAGGUGAAGUUGAAAGGAGAGAUUGCAACAGUCUGCCCCUCUCAAAGGAGGAUGUGAAGGGGACAGAUGAUACAGAUAUGUUACCAACCUUGUUGGAACUGGCAGAAGAGGCCAGUGAUACUUUUUUUCCCAGUGACAUCUCCAUUUUUGACAGUGACAGUUCAAACCAAAGAUCCAAACUGAUCUGCAGCUAAAUGACAGCUAACUAUUCACUAAGAUAGGUGCAAUCCAUUGAAAUGGGCAGCAGCUAUCUAGGCAGUGUUAUUUAGCUUGGGCUUAAUGAGUUUAGCAUUGUAACGCUUUCCAGCCCUUAAGUAAGCAGAAUUAUUUACAAACCAAUAGCCUAAAAGUGACCUUGCAUUUUCUUUCCUUUUUGAUGUGAUGUAACAUAAAUAGAAAAUAUACCAGUAUGUGACUAAAUGGGCAGAACUGCAUUGGCCUAACAACCAACCAAUUUCUGUAAACUUACUUCUCCUUCCCCAAAAUACUUAGUCACCUGGUAACCUGCAGGUCUGGUUGACUGCACAUAUCACUCACAGCCUGGUAAUGCAGUGAAGUACAAUGAUGAUUCAGUGGAAUUCAGUGGUCAGGGAAUGGGAAGAAGGCAGGCGCUAUGUUAGAUAGAAAGUUACUUGCUAUUAAGUUUGGUGUCCUUUCAAUUGAAGCUGUUGUUUAUGAGUGGAUGCCAGAUUUGCUUUUGUUAUUGUGCAUUGUUGUGUGAUGUAUUAGGUAGUGGGUGUGAAAUAGACUUUAUAAAAUUUGCACUUAAAUGGUCCAUCAGCAUAGGAAACUUACAAACUGGACCUCACAAUGUGACCUUGCUCUCAUCCAUGAUCCCAAACAGCCUGGAACUUUCCUCUCUGCCAGAUGGAACUGUGACCAUUCUCCUGAUUUGUGUAUGGUCAGCUCAGUACACAGUAAUCCUCUUCCUGCAUCAUGCCAAAUCCUGUCCAGUUUUCCACACAGCCAGCACAGACCAUCUCUGAUCCACAUUGGACUUGAACUAUGGAUCAUCACCAUCUCAAAGUAGAAGCGAUGGAACCUGAGAAAAGCUAAUCGGGAAGAAUACAGCAAGAUAUUGGAACAAGGUGUUAUAAUGAAGCAUCCUGAAAUACCCACACUGUAGCUUCUGCAGUCAUAAGAGUUAUACAGCACAGAAACAGGCCCUUCAGCCAGCAAGCAUCUAUCUAUUCCAAUCCCAUUUUCCAGCACUUGGCCCAUAGUCCUGUAUACUAAGGCAUUUCAAAUGCUCAUCUAAAUACUUCUUAAAUGUUGUAAGGGUUCAUGCCUGUACCAUGCCCACAUGCUUUGUGUUCCAGAUUCCAACCACCCUCUGGAUGAAAACAUAUUUGCUCAAAUCCCUUCUAAACCUCGUGCCUCUUAUCUUAAAUCUCUGCCUCCUGGUUAUUGACACCUCCGCUAAGGGGAAAAGUUUCUUCCUAUCUUCCUUAUCUAUGCCCCUCAUAAUUUUGCAUACCUCUAUCAGCUCCCCCCCCACCCCCAGCCUUCUCUGAUCUAAGGAAAACAAGCCAUAUACGAAGCAGCCACCAGAACCAUUCGAAGGGGAUACUGCCCUGUGUAUAUACCUUGCCUAGAAGAGGGGUCUUCCUCCCUGCUCCAAAAACAGGUCUUCCAGUGACCCAGACAUGGCGGACCAUCUGACUGAAUCCCUGGACUGUGCUCGUCAGGCCAAAUGGGAAGAGACAGAGAAGAACUUGGACUUCACUUGUUCAAGUCAGGAAGUUUGGAGAGUCCUAUGCCACUCUGAGCAACUCAGCAAGCAUUUACACUGAGCUGGCAUUAAAAUCCUGGCACAUUCUAAAUUCCCAAAACCAGACAGAGAACCAAAAUUACCAUCAAACCACUGGCCAAUAUCCUUGUUAUGUUUCAAGAUAGUUGAGUACCUAAUCCUACAGUGGAUCAAGCCAGAAGUGGAGAAUACUGAAUGCAGGCCAAGGAGGCUUUCAACAAGGAAGAAGCUAAUGUUAUCAGUUCCUCUCAUUAACCACUUUAAUUGAAAAUGGCUUUCGAAGGAAUCUCAAAACUGGCAGUUAUCCUUGACCUCACUGCAACAGUAUGAUACAGUCUGGAACCUUGGCCUAUUGGUCGAAAUAUCAAGAGUUCUCCCUGGGUUACUGAUGCCAUUGAACUGCUACUUAGGGGCAGACACUUCAGGAUACAUUUGGGUGAUGACCCGUGCCUGGAGGAAACAGAUGAAUGACCUAUCCCCAACCCAGUCCCGGAAGUUUAUCUUUGUGGAUGACAUCUACCAUGGCAUAUAGCCUCGGACUUUCCCUGAGCCAGAAAAUGCAUUAAAUAAUGAUAUUGCAAAGCUGGUUGACUACUGCAAGACAUGGUUCCUACAACAAGUAUUAUUAAAAAAAUUUCCAGCAUCUGCAGUAUUUUGCUAUUAUACCAGUAAAAUGGUCUCUAGCACGUUUCACCUUCAUAAUGCCAGCACUAAGAGGGAAUAGAAUAUCACCCUGGAUGGCCAGAGACUGAAGCACAAUCCUCACUCACCCUAUUUGUCUAGGCAUCACUCUUGACAGAAUCCUCACAUAUAAACCUCAUCAAGACUCUAGAAAAAAUUAAAAUCUGCCACAGCCUCUGCAGUAAAUUGGCCGGUACCUCAUGGGGAUCACAGGCCAAGACUCUUAAGGGCAUCUGCUCUUGCCAUCAUGUAGUCAACUGCAGAAUAAUGCGCACCAGUAAGGUACCAACAUGCCCACACCAACAUGCCAAACUUAUCGAUGUGCAACUCAACAAUAUGCAUCAUCACAGGAAUACUGCCCAAAUUGCACACCCCCUGGCUCCCAGUCCUCAGCAACAUUGCUCACCCCACUGCCACACAUCAGGAGCAUAAUUGAAAAAGCUGCUGGAGAAAGUCUACUCCAACCCAAGCUUGUCUUUAUUCAAUGACCUCCUCAACCCACCAGCAGUAUGCCUCCCCUUACACAACCCCAUAUGGUUAAACCCACCAUGCUGAGGAGUAGUAGCUGAGUACCUAUGGCAGGAGAAAAGAUCCACCAGAAACCACUCUCUUGUCAUAGACCCCUACUUUCUGCUCAGAGGCUUAAAGAUUUCUGUUUUGAAUGCAUGUCCCAUUGAUUCCAUUGGGUUGGUUCGAAUUAAUUUCCAACAUUAGAGAGCAUUCCAUUGCAGUUAUUUUGAGCAUCAAGUGCUGCAUGUCACAUGGCUUCAAAAGUAAUGCCUUUUACAAGCGCAUUGCUAUCAAUGUCUAGUUACACUCUGAAAAGUGCAAGUGAUGAGGUUAUCUUGUUACUUUUGCUGUGUUUAUAGAUUGUUUUGAUUUCAAAGCCAGCUUAGGAGGGGUUUCUUUUUAAUGUAGAGUUCUGACACCUGAGCAUUGACCGUUGUUGCUUCCACCACCACCCACCCCCCUUCCCCCUUCACCCAGCCUCUCCUCUAAAGUACAUGUUGGAAAAUCUUGGGUAUGGUCCCUAAGACAGUCUGUUGAAUGUAAUACAUUAGGAAAAAUAAAAAUUGUAGCUUACAGACAAGUCUUUGGAGACUCUGUUAAGGUUGCCAUUUACUACGAUGACCUGAACUUAGCUUGAGAUUGAGCCAAAGGCCUAUGAGUGCUGAUUUGCUAGCUCAGAGAAUGCAGUGAGUUGUGUUACAAUUGCCUCUUGUGUACAAGAAAAAUUAUCCAUUUUUUAAAAAUAAAUAACUGCCAUUGAUAUCAAAAUAUUAACAGCAGCAGGAUCCGCUUGACAUGAACCGCUUGUGCUUUAUCAACCAAACCUUGGCUAAUGGUUAUGUUACUGAAUAAAUAUUUUCUUGCAAAUGAAAUGUCAUUCCCUGGAUAUCUCUGUAAUCUAGAAAUCGUGGGAAUUAGGCAGCAGAAGACUAGUCUGUAAUGGAUAAUGCAUCAAGUAGUAUCCAGCAAGGGAAGUAGGACAGAAUCAUCCUUUCUGUGUUAGUUUAGUAACCAAGCACUUAACUGAAUCUUCAGUCAGUAUCAAAAGGUGUCCCUUUUUGCUCAAACAGUAUUAUACAAUAUCUUGAAAGGUCUUUUGUGGUCUUUUCACUCGUGCAUAGGAACUAGUUUAUCUUCUGCUUAUCGUUCUAGAUGUAAAUAGGACUUUUUUCUGAAACUUUUUUUUAAAGAGUAUGUGGUUUUGUACAGACAAGUCUGAAGAAAUGUUUAAUGUAUCAAUUUUGCACAUAAAUGCUGUUUAUGUGCACUACACUAAUAAACUAAUGUGUGUACUGAACAGAUUUAAAUCCAUGUUAUCAAAUGUUUGAUAUCAAGUAUAUUUCUUACAGUGGCUGUAUAUUAAUAAAUGUAAUGUAAAACGCUA